UGGUCUAUAAAAGUGCCAGGUUUUCUCAAUGAAGCUGGGACACAGCUCACUGAGGGGUGAGACCCAGCGGGGUGCCUGGGAGUAGGCAGGCCCAGUGCAGUCCCCUGCCAGCCCUCCACGCAGAGAUGAAGUACAUCGUGGGCAUCGGAGGCGUGACCAACGGUGGCAAGACCACACUGACCAAUAGCCUGCUCCAGGUGCUGCCCAACUGCUGCGUGAUCCAUCAGGAUGACUUUUUCAAGCCCCAAGACCAAAUCGCAGUUGGGGAGGACGGCUUCAAGCAAUGGGAUGUGCUGGAGUCCCUGGACAUGGAGGCCAUGCUGAGCACCGUGAAGGCCUGGGUGAGCAGCCCCCAGAAGUUCGCACAUGCCCAUGGGGUCAGCGUCCAGCUGGACACCUCAGACACCCACAUCCUCCUUCUGGAAGGCUUCCUGCUAUACAGCUACAAGCCCCUGGUGGACUUGUACAGCCGACGGUACUUCUUGACUGUUCCCUACGGAGAGUGCAAGUGGAGGAGGAGUACUCGAAGCUAUGAGGUGCCCGACCCACCAGGCCUCUUUGAUGGUCACGUGUGGCCCAUGUACCAGAAGUAUAAGCAGGAGAUGGAGGCCAAUGGCGUGGAAGUGGUGUACCUGGAUGGCAUGAAGUCCCGUGAGGAGCUCUUCCACCAGGUCCUGGAAGACAUUCAGAACUCGCUCCUGAACCGCUCCUAGGCGUGGCUGGGGGAGGACGGGCCCAGCCCUGCGCUGCAGGGACCCACAUACGAUUCUGGCCACUGUAUGGCCAGGCUGGUGGCGUGACCAUUUCCCUUUGGGGACAUCUGUACAUACAAAAGUGGGGGCCCCAUUCACAGCUCAGCAUCUCGGGGCCCCAGGACCCCGCCCCAGGAAGCCUCUGUAAACUCACAGCAGCUUAAGUAUUAAAGUCAGUCCUGUUUUUUUUUUAACCACUGGCGU